GCCUUGCGGCUGCCGAGGGACACUCAGAUGGGUGCACAAGGCGUGUCUGGGCGGAUGGGUGUGCGCUCCGGGGAGGAGGAAGGCACUGUGUGACGUCUGCCGGACGUGAGUUGGUACACAGAGGUAUCUGUGAUUGAUGUGCAUUGGUUACCCGGCGUGUGUUGGUUCAGGCGUUAUGACGUUGGUCCGCGCGGCCCUUUUCGUCUGCCUGUCGGCCUCAUCCCAGACGCCAUCAUGUCUGUCUCAUACAAUUUAUUGGGUUGUUUGCCGCUAUUGGUAGGAGUCCCCUUUAGCUGCGACGAUGACACCAACAUACUAGGCAGAGGGUUCCCUCUCCACCGAGUUAUCUCCACGGCCAUCUUGGUCGGCCUCACUCUAGGAGCGUUCGAUUGGCUGGCGGGGCGGCAACAUGGUGGCAGUGCUUCGCUGCGGUGUGGCGUGCGGAUGGCCAUCGCGUUUAUCUCUACGGUUGCUGGCGCGCCACUGGCAGUGUUCGGCACCGAGAUGUGGGCAGCGGGCGGCGGACUUCGCGCCUGGCUUAUGCUUGAGGCGGUCUGCGACAAGCCGAGAUGGUUCUUGAGUGCAUCGGUGCUUUAUUAUUUUUAUUUGUUCUGCAUAUCUGCGACCUUCCUGCCCUACUGCCUGCUGAACGGUCGGAGGGUGCACCAGGCCACACGAGAGGCGCUAUUGCGGCUGCGGCACCAACAUGCUGCUUCUGGUGGUGGCGGUGGCUUCCCUGCGGGCUAUGUGUCGCUCUACUUGAGGGACGGGGCCUACUACGUACUGAUAGCCACCUGGUCACUGCUGCAUUUGGGGGUCUCAGCUGAGCUCUGGAGCCGAUUCAUCUCGACCUAUGUCGUCGCCACACUGCUGGUGGCCGGCUGUGUGAGGAAGCGGCACGCGAUGGGCCAGCCGAGUGCGCCCACGGAAUGGUGCAGAAGCCUCGCGCCGCUCCUUGUCGGCGUCGCCGCUAAUGCCAUGUGCAACUUGACCAUGUAUCUCUUCGCCAAGGCCUUUUCAGCGAUGGGUGUAGAGUGCAUGUGGCUUAAGGUGGCGGUCAGUGUUGUGCUGGUCGGCUGUUAUGGAAUCUCCACUUACAAGGCUCAACAUGUCAUGAUCAGGUACGUCAGUAGCCCUGCCUGUGUCUGUCCAUGGCCGUUUCACUGCCUGUCUCUGGCCCUCUCUCUCUCUGUGUGAUGUGUGUUUGCCUGGCCUGCAGUGCUCCCUCUUAUCGGCCCUUCGCGUAUCUGCUACCGGGCGCAUAUGACGGUUACUUCGAGUCACAGAGUGCUGAGCAGAGGGCAACUGACGUGCCUGUGUGAUUGACGAGGACAUAUGCUGAUCGACCGAUGCUGUCCGUGGGCGGCAGCCUGUGUCGGGGGGAGGGCGAAUGGUGUGGUGUAUCUGUCUGCUGGUGGGAGGUCAUGGGUGACUGACUGGACUGUCUGGCUAUGUCCCCCUCUCGCCGUCUCUCCCUCUCUUUCUGCAUGUGUGUGUAUGUGUAGCUUUAUCAUGAUCAUGGCCUUUUAUCGUGGUAGAUCAUGAUAGAGACUGUGUAUCGUAAGUUUCUGCACUUGUUUUGCCAAUGGGUUGGUGCGGUGGGGGGGCGGGUGUAUUUACUUGGAUGUGUGUAUGCCGAGGCACGACAGAAAAAUGCACGACAUCUGUCUGUACAGUACACGGCCAUUCAGGGACGCGCGUGAGUCAGGCAGUCAGUCAGUCAGACAGCUGAGAGAGAGGGAGAGAGAGAGAGAGAGAGCAUCCCCGUACGCAGCCAUCAAUCAGUGUAUGGAGACGGAGACAGCAGAGAAAACUCAGUCUGGAAAGAUGCGCACGG